CUCACCAAGCCAAGCCACGGCACUUCUGAACUGUUCGUUCUUAAUAAUUGCUGUUUUUGUUUUCUUUUUCUUUCCAUCAUUCAUCUUCUGUAAUUACUCUCAAUCCUGUGUAUUGAUUGUAGCACCAUAUUGUUGUCAGCUGACGAAUUAAUUAUUUUUGAGCAUUUUCGUUUAAUUUUUCGAGAAUUGAUUCGUGCUGCUGCAUCUGUGACUGUGUGUGAAUACAAGUACAGAAUUUACUGUAAGAUUUGAAAUGGACUUAGACAGUAUUGAAGACAAAUCCUCUUCAAUUGAAAAUUCCAAUCAUGGUGAAUUAGAGUCUGAAUCAAAUAAUGUUGAUUCACUUGAAGUUGUAUCAUCUGGUGGAGACACUAUGCGCGAAGUAGAAAGUGUAGCAGAAAAUUUAACAAAAGUUGAGUUAGAUAUAGCACAUUACUCCGAGAAGUUGAUUAAUUUAGAUGUACUUGUCAUGCAUGUGGCUUCAAGAGGAAGUGAUUUUGAGGCGUUUUUGGUAGAAAAUCAUACUCAGGAAGGUCCGAUGCUGAAAGCAUUACAAUUUGACCUCCUAUCUGGGUUUUUGGACUCUGAAGUUACAGAACUGGAGAAAUUUCUAUCAGCUCUUCAUACUGAUAUUGUCAGCUCUCGGAAAGUUGUUUCUUCAUUCACGCAACUUGGUGAUACAUUUUAUGAUAUAAAAGAUAAGUUGCAUGAUUGUGAGGAUUCUUUGAAGCAGUCUUUCGAGCAGGUUUCUGGCUUCAAGGAGCAAUCUGCCAACUUCCAGAGGAUCUUAUUAGCUUCUUCUGGUGAUGAAAAACGGAAAGAUAACGAAGAUGUUGGUUGUUUGGAAAAUAACAACGAUCGAAAUUUGAGUGCAAAGAUAAAAACGCAGACAGCAGAACAGCAGAAGAGUAUCUUGAGAAUGCUGGAGAAAUCUUUAGCUCGGGAAUUGAAUCUUGAGAAGAAACUAACUGAGGCAAGAGAAACUGAAGAAGAGUUAAAACUUCGGCUGCAGCAAGAAGUAUUUUGCAUGGAACAGGAAGCUGAAGAUAUAUGGGAAAGACUGUUUGAGGCAGAAAAUAGUGCAGAAAUACUCUCCGGGGUUUCUAAAGAACUAUUUGGGAGGAUCCAGAUGGCACAUCUUAGUAUGAAUAGGUUGACUGAACGAGGUGGGGAGUUGAGAUCUAAACAUGAAAAAUUAAGUGAGCAAAAUAAUGAAUUGACAGAAAAGGUUUCUGAAGCUGAUGAUACAUGGGAAAGAUUGUUUGAGGCAGAAAAUAGUGCUGAAAUACUCUCUGGGGUUUCAAAAGAACUAAGUGGGAGAAUCCAGAUGGCACAGCUUAGUAUGAAUCGGUUGAUUGAACGAGAAGGGGCGUUGAGAUCUAUACUUGAAAAUUUUAGUGAGCAAAAUAAUGAAUUGACAGAAAAGGCUUCUGAAGCUGAAAAGAGAGCUGAGAUUGCUGAAGCUGAGUGUAAAAAGCUUAGGAUGUCUAACAUGGAGCUUACAACAGAUGUCAUCCACUUGAAGAGUAGCAUUACUCAUGCAACUAAUAAGGUGGAACAAUUGGAGACACAAUUGAAGGAUUCUGAGAUUAAGCGAGAUCAUGCCGUGGCAUCUGCUGAAGCUAGUCAAGAGAAGCAAAGCAUGUUAGAUUGCAUAAUCAAGGACAUGGGAAACUUAAUUGAAGAUCUAAAAUCCAAGGUUCUAAGGGCCGAAAGUCAGACUGAGAGUGCUGAAGACAAGUGUAUUUUAUUAUCUGAAUCCAAUGCGGAACUGACUGAUGACAUAAAUUUUCUAACAAGUAGAGUGGAACACUUAGAAACCUCUUUGCAGCAUGCCAAUGAAGCUAAGCAUGAAACUGCAAAAGAUAUUAGGGUGCGUACUAAAUUGAUUACAGAUUUGGUAUUGCAGUUGGCACUUGAAAGAGAGCGCCUUCAUAAGCAGAUAUCAUCCUUAAUGAAGGAGAAGAAAGUUGCAGUGAGGUUCUUACAACGGGUAAAAGACCCUUCAUUUAAGCUCUCUAAGAAUAAUAACAAGAAUGGAAGUCCUGAAAAAGAAGUUAAUGAUGAAAAUACAGGCUCUUCAGCCAUCAGUUAUGAGAUGGAGGGCAAUGCUCAAAAUGAUUCGUCAAAAACCGAUGCCAAUGCAGGGCAGGAUGAUCCCCCCUCUGAGGUCGACACUAGUCGAAACAUAGAUGCAAGGCAGCUGAAAUUCAAUUACGUUUUGGUGAUAGUCCUCAUAUUUCUCAUUCCACCACUCACAGCUUUUAUUCUCUCUCAGUGAGUUAUUCAAACUUGAUUGUGUUGGUGUUAUCCUCGGGAUUGUGUUAAGCCGAUAUUGGAUGAUUAAAAUUGUCAAAGACUGUGUUCCCGUUGAGCGAGGAACUAAUACCUUUUCCGUGCGACAAGGGAAACAUGCCUUUGCAACAAGAGCUUUCAUGUUGGAAUAUGGGAAGAAGCAUCUCCUAUAAAUGUACCACAUGUUUUUGGCAGUUUUGUAACUAAGGAUACACUUUAUAAAUCAAGAGCUAAAUGAUGGUGAGGCC